CCUGCCCGGAACAAAGAUGGCGGGCGCGGCCUCGGUGCGGGCAGGCUGAUCGGGGCGCCAGGCUCGGGCAGGGGACCCGAGCGAGGCGACCAUGGAGCAGGGCGGCGGCGGCGACGGCCACCCCGGCGGGGGCGCGCGGCAGCGGGAGCGGGAGCUGGAACGCACGGCCGAGGUCCUGGUCACCGGGGAGCAGCUGCGGCUCCGGCUGCACGAGGAGAAGGUCAUCAAGGACCGGCGACACCACCUCAAGACCUACCCCAACUGCUUCGUGGCCAAGGAGCUCAUCGACUGGCUGAUCGAGCACAAGGAGGCUUCCGACCGGGAGACGGCGGUGAAGCUCAUGCAGAAGCUGGCGGACCGGGGCAUCGUGCACCACGUGUGUGACGAGCACAAGGAGUUCAAGGACGUGAAGCUGUUCUACCGCUUCCGGAAGGACGACGGCACCUUCCCGCUGGACGACGAGGUCAAGGCCUUCCUGCGGGGACAGCGGCUCUACGAGAAGCUGAUGAGCCCCGACAGCUCCCUCCUGCAGCCCCGCGAGGAAGAGGGCGUCAGGUACGAGCGCACCUUCGUGGCGUCCGAGCUCCUGGACUGGCUGGUGCAGGAGGGCGAGGCCACCACCCGGAAGGAGGGCGAGCAGCUGUGCCGGCGGCUCAUGGAUCAGGGCAUCAUCCAGCACGUGUCCGGCAGGCGCCCGUUUGUGGACAGCAACCUGCUCUACCAGUUCCGCACCAACUUCCGCCGGCGCCGGAGGCUGAUGGAGCUGCUCAGCGAGACGACCCCGGGCGCCCCCGACACGCACGACAGCCCCUUCUGCCCACGCAGGCAGGGCCACGACGCCCGCAAGGCCACCAGCUUCAUGUCAGUGAGCCCCAGCAAGGAGAUCAAGGUGUCCUCUGCGGGGCGCAGGAGUAGCCUGAGCAGCGGCGGCAGCAGCGGCUACUUUAGCAGCAGCCCAACCCUGAGCAGCAGCCCCCCUGUGCUGUGCAACCCCAAGUCCGUGCUGAAGAGGCCUGUCACCUCGGAGGAGCUGCUGACCCCUGGGGCGCCCUACGCCCGGAAGACGUUCACGAUCGUGGGCGACGCCGUGGGCUGGGGCUUCGUGGUGCGAGGAAGUAAGCCGUGCCACAUCCAAGCCGUGGACCCCAGCGGGCCUGCGGCCGCCGCGGGGAUGAAGACAGGGAUUCUCUAUGCAGCCCAGGCCAUGACCUUGAGAUAAUCCUCCCGCCUCAGCCUCCUGAGUGCUGGGAUGACAGGCAUGCGCCACCACGCCCAGCAGAAAACCUUCAAUCCUGGAUGAACUGCACGACCCUUCGUGUGCUGCAGAGUGACCUGAAUGCUGUCCCUAGCAGUUGGUUUGCCUGGGCUGGCUCACAGGCCAGCAGAUGAACGCCUUGGCCUGGGUGCAGGGCAGCCGCCUCCCUGCCCCGAGUGCCGGCAGGAACGAGGUGGCUGGGCCCUCCACGAGGCUGCUCUCCUGGUAGGGAAAACGAAAUCCUGUGCGAAGUGCCGCUCCGGCCUCCAGUCCCCUGGCUUCUCGUGCUUCCUGCUGGGAUGAGUGCACGGGCCUGGGCCUUCUGGGCCCCUUUUCCCUGUUCAAUUCUUGCUGCGCUGUUUAUGUAGAAGCGGAACUCUCUGAGUCAGAACAAGGAACUGUCUGAGUCAGAACAAGCCUUUUACCACCCCCCUCAUUUUUGGGGGGUGUUUUGUUGUUUUGUUUUGUUUUGUGAGACAGGGUCUUACUC